UCAUAGCAUUUACUGCCAGUUCAGUCAGUCAAUUAAUUAAAAUUAUUAGAAAUACGAGUGAAAGCCACUCAAAGUGAAUAAUAAAAUGGCAGAGUAUAAGCCAGGAGACAUUCCUUUGGCGGAGACUGAUGAUAGAAAAUUAUGCUGUAAAUUCCACUACAAAGGUGUUCUCAUUUUGUUAAUACCUAUAGCCUUUGGAGGCCUUUUGGCAGGAAAACCUGUUUUGAUAUAUCGCUUUCUCUACUUAACAAUAUGCUUAUAUCUGUAUUAUAUACUCAAUGUGAUGGCCAGUGGUGCGGUGGCCUUUAUCUAUAUAACUUUUAUACCCAUAGCAGGCAUUGCAGGAUCGGGUCCUGUAAGUUUCUCACAUUAUCCCGACUUAAUGUUUCUGGUCUAUGGCACUAUCAUGAUGGGUGCAGUGAUGGACUCGUCAAAACUUAGCCAACAUCUGGGCUUUGCUGUCAUCAGAAUAGUUGGAAGUAGUUUUUUCUGGCUUCAAGUUCUUCUGGCCGUGGUGGUUUCUACAAUUGCCAUUCUUGUGAAUCCCACAGUAGGUGCUGCCUUUGGAAUGAAGCUGGCCCAGGCCGUUGUCAACGAAUAUAAUGAUGCUAACGUAAUCAAAAGGGAUUCCGAUGAAGAACCCUACGAACAGGGAGCAAGAGCAUAUCCAACGCGUCCUGUAAUUGGUAUUUUCCUAACCUGUUGCUAUACCGCCUCUUUGGCCGCCAGUGUGUCUCCCUUUGUAAAUCCCAAUGGCAUACUAAUAAAAUAUAGUAUCAAAAUGGAGCAUAUAAUAAUGAUCAUGGCAUUGCCAGCUUUUUUGGGUAUCUGCAUUGUGAUCCUUUGGCUCCAAAUCUUGUUCAUGGGUCUAUUCGGUGGCAGUGUCAAGCGUGACCUUGCGGAAAUGGCUGAAAACAAGGAAGAUUUCCGGCUGACUGUCGAAGAGAAAAGAAUGGAUAUGGGCCAUUGGAAUGCAUAUGCCAUACUUGUCUUCAUCCUGAUACUCAUAUUAUUCGUCCUUUUGCACACCCGAAGGCCUCACCUGUACGUGGCCUGGGAGAAUGUAGGGAAUGGAGUUGAAACCGGUCUCUCCAUUCCAGCCAUUUUCAUAGGAUUAUUACUCUUUGCGAUACCGGCAAACUAUCUAUUCUGUCGGUACUAUGUCUGCCGGGAACCCGAUAAGCCGGGCACAACUCCAUCUUUGCUCAGUUGGAAGACAUUGAAUAACAAUGUUCCCUGGGAGGAUAUCUUUAUGCUGGGUGCAGCCUUUUGCUGUGUCUUCUGUGGCCUAAAGAGUGGUUUCUAUGCAAAAGUGGCAGAAAGCAUGUGGGGAUCCAAGCGAUUUGAUCUCAGUAGGUUUAUGUGUGGCGCCGGCAUGGGGACUCUGCUCUCGGCCCUGUCUCCUUCCACAACGCUGGCCAAGAUGGCUGUUCCUGUGAUGAAAAGGGCUGGUUAUAGCUUUGCCCUGCCCUUUAUGACGGCCCUGCACAAUCAGUUUCUGCUGCCCAUCAGUUCGCCGGCAAAUAUGAUCGUUGCCGGUUGGGGGAAUAUCAGACCCUUUCAGUUUUUGUUAGCUGGCAUAGUACCAGCGAUUUUCUUUAUGCUCUUAACUGCCGCCUCCACAAUGCUUUGCUUUGAUGAGGUGGUAUCUAAAGGUAUAAAUUCCAAAUUCUAACUCCUGAU